UAGCAGUCACCUCCCAUCGUGCUCUUUCGGUGCUUUGAACUGAGCAGGUGUGAUGUUGAGCAGAAGAGCUCUGUGUAGUUACAGUGAAUCAGAGCAGGAGCGCGUCAUGGGACGCCAGUGCGCCAAAGAAGAGACGCUGGAUCGGUGUGCCUGACUUUACGGACACUUUUUUUCGCAAUUUUUCAUGCGUUCAUACUCCCACAUCGGAACUGCCUGAUUUCUCUGACUUUUCAAAGUAUUCUUUCUGGACGAUUUUUUUGAACAGUAGACAUGAAUACUACAUUCAACCAAACGGACAGCGGAAUCUUCUCCAACCGGACUGAGGAGAUCCUCCUGUGCUGUAACUUCUCGUCGGUGGUGACGGAUAACGGCUUCACGGCGGCCACUCCGGAUGAGAGGAGCCUCUUCAUCAUGAGAAUAGUUCAGAUAGCCGUGAUGUGCGUCCUCUCCCUCACCGUAGUCUUCGGGAUUUUCCUGGGCUGUAACUUGCUGAUCAAGUCGGAAGGGAUGAUAAACUUUUUGGUAACGGACCGGAGACCCUCCAAAGAGGUAGAGGCGGUCAUCGUGGGUGCGUACUAGAGACAUGAUGAGGAUUAUGCACUGCCAUGACAUGAAGUUUGUGUACCACCUGAUGGACAUAUAUUUCGAUGGCCUCUUUGCAAACAGGACACAGUGUUAUUUGGCUUGCUAAAAAAACAACAACUAUAAUUUGGAAAUCAACUGAAUCAACUAACGCACUCUCUCCAUUUUGCGCACACGCCUUUCUGCUCUUACAUUCAAGCGCUUCAUUAUGUCACGAACCACCCAGAUUUCAAAUCAGAUACAGGCAUGGGGUCUUAUAUUUGUCAGUGAAAAUAUUUAUAUGUGCAAACACAGGGGAGCUGUUGCACAUAUUAACUGUUUUGUAAUGGUUAUGGAUCUCCUAUCUGUAAAGCACAUUGUAAGCACUGCACGGACUAAUUAUUUGUUGUUUAGCAAGAUCAAAGCACCAUGUUUAAUACAAUAAAUUAAUAUUUCGAAUAAAAUGUCUUAUUUGUUUUUAUUAUUAGCCUAUUCAUUUUCACGGGCAUUCUGUGGAGAUGUAUUUACACUGUAAGAUAAAAAUGUGCUUCAUGUGGUAACAGCAAUUGUCUAAGCCAAACAUAUUAUUAAAAAAUAGUUUGCUAAUGUGUUAAAAUACAUUUUAGUUUUAGAUUUUAUUCUGACAUUCAGACUGAUGCAUGUUGACGUAAAUUUCAAGUCUCACUUAUCCUGUACUGCUGCCGCAAAGGGAACUUUCUAUUAAAGCAAGAUUGUCUAGUUU